GUGUGGGAGGCUGGGAGGGAAAGUUCCCGGCAGCAAGUUGGUUGGACUAGGGGGGUCGGUGAUAUACGUUUGUCCAGUGGAUUGGCCAAGUCACAGGAAGCCGGCAGUGUGGCUGAAGGGGGAGGGCAUCACACAAAGACUUGGUGAUUCCUGGCAGUCCCUGUUACUUAGGGAAGAGACCGGAAAGAGGCUUCAGCAAAGAGCGAAAAAUCUCCCAAUCCCUGGGCAACUGAAGUUCUGAGCUGCGGCCCUUCGUGAAAGCGUGUGGAAGUCCGGGUAGCAAGCUUUUGAGUUCUACCACGUAGGCUAGCGGCCUGUGGGAAACUCGGACCUCAAGCACAUGCGGAUGACCCGGAGUGUGGACAGUGUCCAGUUCCUGCCCUUUCUCACCACGGACGUCAACAACCUGAGCUGGCUGAGUUAUGGGGCCCUGAAGGGAAACUGGACGCUAAUCGUCGUCAACGCCGUGGGUGCUGUGCUUCAGACCCUGUAUAUCUUGGUGUAUCUGCACUACUGCCAUCGGAAGCAUGCUGUGCUCCUUCAGACUGCAACCCUGCUGGGGGUCCUUGUCCUGGGUUUUGGCUACUUUUGGCUCCUGGUGCCCGACACUGAGACCCGGCUUCAGCAGCUGGGCCUCUUCUGCAGUGUCUUCACCAUCAGUAUGUACCUCUCACCACUAGCUGACUUGGCCAAGGUCAUUCGUACUAAAUCGACCCAACGUCUCUCCUUUUCACUCACCAUUGCCACCCUCCUCACCUCUGCCUCCUGGACGUUCUAUGGGUUUCGACUAAAAGAUCCCUACAUUGUGGUGCCCAACCUUCCAGGAAUCCUCACCAGCUUCAUUCGCUUCUGGCUUUUCUGGAAAUACCCCCAGGAGCAAGACAGGAACUAUCAACUUCUACAAACCUGAGGGAGUUCACCUGACCACUGGGCACCUUAAUGCCAACAUACUACCAAAGAAACCUUGUUUCAGCUCUUCCUGCUGGUCACCUCCACUGGUGAAGUGCGUUGUGGUAAAGGAAAAGAACUGCUUUGAGAAUCCAGGGACUAAAGAAAGGGCUUUACUUAGAAGACUGGAUGGAACCUGGGAGAUGAAUCACUUUUUUUUUUUUUCAAGAUUUUAUUUUUUAAUUUGGGAGGUCGGGGGAAAUCUUUAGAAUGUGCCUUAAAAUAAACUGUUCCCUACCCCUUGCC